AUUCGGUCGUUCACCGGUUUCCGUUACAAGUGUCAACGCUGCUCCAACUACCAACUUUGUCAGAAUUGCUUCUGGAGGGGACGAACGAGUCAAAAUCACUCUAAUGAACACGAAAUGAAGGAAUACUCGAGCUACAAAUCCCCAACAAAACAGCUGGCCCAUUCGAUUCACAAGUCACUUCAAUGCAUUCCAACACCAAAUGCCAAACAACCGCCACUCUUUGCCGAACGUCCACAACGACCACUUGAAUUGCAAAAUAUCGUUCCCGCAACUCCUACAACGUUACGAAGGGCUCCUCCCGAUCCGAUAACCGAUUGGCCAUCAUCUCCAAUUUUGUUGCCGGGGCAGGUUUCGAAUGGAGGAGCACUGGAUGACGAGCACAAACUGAUCGCCCGAUAUUCAGCAAAGCUUAGCGGUCGUGCAGACUAUCCUCUUGGAAAUGGACGAGAUCGAGCAAUGACACAUCCAGUUGACGAAAGAACAUUGAUUGCUCGCUUGGAAGAGGAGAAUUCCCAUAUGAUGAGGGAGAUUUCACGGUUAGAAAGUCAAACCUUAUCAGAUGACGGCCAACUUACUGGCUUACGCGAGCGAAAGUCACAUUUGGAAGAAAAAAUGUUUGUGAUGCAACAAAAACGGCGAGAUCUAAUGAUGCAAUUGGAGCAGCUCAUGACUCAGUUGAACGCGCCAGGCACAGCACCGUUCCCAUCUGCCUCGAUGUCACAAAUACCAGAGUCACUUUCUGGCGUUAAUACCAAAGUAUCCAACGCAUUCAGAGCUGGCAGUUUACCUGCGACAAGUCUUCAGGGAGAUCUGCUACAUGCUGCUGAUCAGAUCACGUCGAAUAUGGGAGAAUUUUUACGGGAACUUGACCAGGGUAAGUGA